AUGACCCCGUUGCUCAUCUGUUCUACGAACUGCAACGCGUCCGACAUUUGUUGCAGGGUACGCUUCCACUUUCCUCCCGCAAGUUUCCGCAAAAACGCGUCUCAUAGUUCCUCACGACAUCCUAUAUCUCGACGAUGGCUGGCAACUGAAGCUGUCUCGGUAAACUCCACCCCGCCCCCACCGCCGAGCAAGUCGGGCGACCAAACGGUGUCGCGCCUCGUAGAUGACAUUUCCCGUCUUACCCUACUGCAAGCCGCCGACCUCGUUACCCACCUCAAAUCCCGGUUAAAUAUCCAAGAAGUCGCAAUGCCUAUGGCUUCUGCUGCUGCUGCCGCACCGGCGGCAGCUGCCUCUGAAGAAGUGGCUGCAGAAAAGCCCAAGGAAAAGACGAUAUUCAAUGUCAUGCUCGAGUCUUUCGACGCUGGUUCCAAACCAAAAAUUAUCCGCGAGGUUAAAGCACUGGUGCCAAACCUGACUCUUAUAGACGCCAAGAAAUUCGUCGAGUCUGUACCAAAAGUGCUCAAGGAGAAUCUGCCCAAAGAGGAGGCCGAAAAACUCAAGGCCGCUUUCGAGGCACUGGGAGCGGUCGUCAAGUUGGAUUAA